UGGCGUGCGCACGAGCAGGUUGACGGUAAAGGCACAAUGGCAGGCAUUAUCCCCAGGAGCAAAACUAAAGGUGUUGACAUCUGUGCAGGGAAAGAGCACUGUUAUAUAAUCCGCUCUGAUCUCGGCUGCUAUAUGCAGACAAGUGAUUUAAAUAAAGGUUCAAACAUCAGUAUUUUCAGUCUGCAUCCCUCCUGCCAGAAUGGAGAGCAUUAUUUUGCUGAUAUGGAUGGCUACUUUUACAUCAUUAAGGGAGAAUCGUACCGCAGAGUCAAAGACCUGUCAACAGAUGCCGAUGCUGUAGUUAAAGACCUUCAUCCUGAGUUGCAAGGUGGAGACCACUACAUGUCGAUUAAUAACAAAUUUUUUAUCAUCUUCCAAGAAAGUUUAACUAUCAAAAAAACAUAUCACCUGAAUAGAUUUAGAUACAUGUGGCAUAAAAUAUUAUCUAAGUCUUUCACUAUUAUUUUCCCUGAGUCAAACCCUAAGUUAAAACCUAAGUUAAACCCUAAAUCAAGGGAUGGUCUUUAUUUCUGGGGUCUGUCAGAUGACUGCUGCUUUCUGAAGCCGGUCUCAGAGUGGGGAGUUGAAUACGGCAGAAUCAUUAACUUAGAGGAAAAUGGCCAUCUUCAAAUGUUUUCUGUUCACCCUGAUGUUGUAAACUUUCUGCCUGGUGGUCUGUCGAUAACUAGAGGCCCAGCCUUUGGCAGGUGGGAGAUUAUUAAAACUAUACGAAAUUACAGUGACGCAACAGGGAAAUGGGGGCAGAAGAUCACUACAAAGGUUGGAUACAAUGAGGAGACAAUAAAACAGAUCACAAACAACUGGAAGAUAGAAACGUCUCUCUCAUCGGAACCUACAAGUCUUGCAGCAUUAAUUACAAAAUGUCAGCUCUCAUUUUCUGCAGAAUAUGGAGGUUCACGUGUGGACACUACGCAGAAAAGCUGGAAUAAAGCAAUUGAAGUGGAAGAGGAACUAACAUUGGAGCUGAAGCCCAGGCAGUGUAUUUAUCUUUGGCAGUACAUACUGGGUUUGGGUGAUGAACCGGUGUUGUUCUGUCGUGAUUUAAUAAUUGGUGAUCAGCCGACCCCUCCAACUGAUGUCCCACUGCCACCUGCAAAACCACAAGAAAACCUCAAAUCUGAAAUAUCUGCACACAUUGCUAAAACAGACAAAUAGAAAGGCUGUUACUGAAUUGAACUGUAUAAAAGCAUGCAACGUUCGGUUGGUGAAGCUUGCUCUCUCUCAUUGGCUGACACUGGAAGCAUCCUAAUCAAGAGUCUUGAUUAUCAAGUUUGAUAUUUAUAAUUUGGGAUUGGGAUGCCGUAAUGCAUUCAGGAGCAGUACAAUUAGUAUUACAGAGAAAAAUAUUGCUGUUUUUAUUAUAAUUGUCUUGGAAAAUGGAUAACCAAAUA